GCCGCCAUCAUGUCGGAGAAGAAGCAGCCGGUGGACCUGGGGCUCCUGGACGAAGACUGGGCUGGUUUAGAUGAAGACGAGGACGCUCAUGUUUGGGAAGAUAAUUGGGAUGAUGACAACGUCGAGGACGACUUCUCCAAUCAGUUACGAGCUGAACUGGAAAAACACGGAUACAAGAUGGAGACCUCGUAGCAGUGCCCGGUGCUGGGGGAGAUGGAGGAGCGUCCUUUAGAACUGUCGGCAACACCUG